AUGCAGAAGAAGACGAUCCUUAUCCUCGUCUCGCUGCUGGUGGCCGUCGCGGUCGCCGUCGUCCUCGCCGUGACGCUCUCGGGCGGCAAGACGACCGACGCCAAGGACGGCGCCGGCACCGACAAGAACGCGACGCCCGCGCCGGCGUCGAGCCAGAAGAACUGGGGGACCCACUUUUUUGAAAACGGCGGCGGUGGUGGUAUCGUCACCGAGUCGUCGACGGAGGGCAAGAACAAGUUUAUCGACCCGAUCUGGGUCGCGGGCGGCAACCCGUACGGCUUUAUGGAGCUCAGCUUCUCGAAGGACUGGCUCAAGGUGCAGUUUGCUUCGUUUGACAAGUCGUGGAACUUUGGCGGCUUCAACCUCGCGGCGACCACCCGCGGCGGCGUCGCCAAGGGUCACUGCUGGUACAUCCCGCGCAUUCCUGGUACCCCCGGCAUCAAGUGCAAGGACUCGUUCGACGGCCCCAUCGGUGCCCCUAGCGUGUAG